AAGCACCACAGAUUCGUGUGGUUGAGAAAAAAAAAACAGUGAAGAAGCAAACUGUCAAUAUUGUAACAAAUGAAAAAAUUGUUUGCCUAAGCAACGAGCACAGAUGCAAAUUGUCAGCAGGUUCAUUGUACGAAUAAUAUAUUUGGUUAUAUACGUGUAUACGAAUGUGUGCGUGCGUGCGUGUGUGUGCGUAUAGCAGGCAUGUGUGUGAAAUAAGAAAUUUGCAAAACUCGAUAAAAUAUAUUGUGCAAACUGUUAGCUAGUGCUGCAUACAUACAUACUACAUACAUAGAUGUGUGUGUGUGUGUAUACAUUCAUAUAUGUACUUUGAAAUAUGCUCGGCUUAUUCCUUUCGCUCCUGUUGGUCGUGUAGGAUGUGUUCGUCGUAGGCAAUAAUAGUUAGAGUAGUAGGUCGGGCUGGCAACGUCAAAAGGCAGCCACUAAAACCGAAACAGAAGCAGCAGAACCGGAGCCGGAGCGAGAUGUGAUGUGCGGCUAAAAAAAAAGCUGAGCAAUAGUGAGUCAAGUGUUUGGUGUUAAAUUUUCAGUGAUUAUAUUUUUUUUUUGGUUUCUUGUGAUUGUCAAAUAAUACGUGCCAGUCAAAUGUUUGAAUAUCAAUAAAUAUCAACAAAAAUCCGAGCAACAAUAAAAAAGAAAAACGAAACAAAAAAUUUUGCAGUGUACAACGAGGCACCAGCAGCAGCAGCGCAGCAUAAGAAGAAGAACCAAAAAAGAAAACUUGUUUGUUGAAACAAGCAACGCAAAGACGAACAAGACGCUAAAAGGCAAUCUUCAUUCAAACUCAAAUUGAGAGAGCAGCAAAAAAAAAAAAGAAGAAAAAAACGAAACAGUAACAGAAGCAAACGGCAACGGCAUUUGCAGCCCGUCGUCUUGCUCUCCGAGAUCCAACAACAAUAACAUAGAGAGAAUAUCACACGGCAAAGAUAGCGAUAGCGAUAGUCACGGACAGCAGCAGCGGUCGGCGACGCAUUUAUAGCGACGUCACCGAUAUCUAUAACACCUAAGCUAAGCGCCAGUCCAGAAUGGAUGAAGAUAACAACAUAUCCAAUUCUGACAUAAGCAUCGAUGAUGCUGAUCAGGAUGAUGAUCAGCUGGAGGAGCACGAGCAUGAUCCGCUGGAUGACGAUGAUGAUGACAAUGAUGAUAUGGCCACGGGCUAUACUCCACAGUUUACAGCAGCCAGCGAUGGCGCUGGUGUCACAACUUUUGCUACUCCACGCCCAGUUGGGGAAGCGGUAAAUUCGCCGUUCAAAGAUUGGGAUUCGUCGUUUUCUGAGCGCAGCAGCAGUGGAAGCGGCGCCUCUAGCAGCAGAGCUCAUGCAGAGGAUAACAAUGGUAGCAGUGAUGGGAAUGCUGGCGCCAAGCCUAGCUUUAUAUUUGGCACAUCAUCAUUCAUAUUACGCAGCCGCAAGGAGGUGGCCAGGCUUAUAAAUAAGGAGUGCUGCCGUGGCGGGCCGACACCCGAUUUGGACUCCAUCAUGGAGACACUCUUCAAUCCGGGCACGCCCAUUGAUAAUCCAGACAAUAUUGAGUGGGUUCGUUGGCUGAUUGCAGGUGGUCGUACGCCCAAGGAGUUUCUCAAAAUAGUUCGCAGCUAUGAUAAUCAUGCCAAAUGCGGUUUGGUCUGGGUGCCACAUGUGGUGGCAUAUCGCUGUCGCACCUGUGGCAUCUCUCCCUGCAUGUCCAUAUGCCGUGACUGCUUCAAGAAGGGCAAUCACACCAAUCAUGACUUUAACAUGUUUUUGUCGCAAGCAGGCGGAGCUUGCGAUUGCGGCGAUACCUCUGUAAUGAAGGCCGAGGGCUUUUGCAGUGAUCAUGGCAUUAACAAUCGUGUAAAUCGCAAUCCAGUGUCCAAGACUCUGCUGGCCGUUGCCGAGGCGGUAAUGCCAAAGUUGCUGUUUCGCCUGUUGCAACAUUUCCGUGAGCACAGCGAUGCCUCGUUGCAGGCCCAUGCGGUCACAUCUUAUUCAUGCGAGGCAUUUGCCAAUAUGCUCAUCGAUCUGAACAAUAUGGGCGAGAUAAUGCGCAAGGUUAUGACGCGCACGCUCAUUAGCACCGAGGUAUAUGCAUAUUUUAUGGAAUUACCCAUACAGGAUACGCGCAAUGGACGUUUCCUGAAAGCAAAUCGUGAGAAAUAUGUCGACGCUGUUAAUCGAUUUCCCAAUCCCGAGCCGCCCGAUGAGUAUAGGGAUUUGCCUGCGCUGGCCGAGAAACUGGUGCAUAGCACUCUGCUCGAAGAAUUCAUAUUCUGGACAUUUAAAUUUGAGUUUCCGCAAACGUUGGUCUGCUUUCUGCUCAACAUGCUACCCGAUCAGGACUACAAGGAGCAUCUGACACGCACUUUUGUCAUGCACUACAGCCGUAUACCAUCCGUGCUGGAAAUGAGCCGCGAUCCGGACACGCUCAGCAACCGCGUGGUGCACAUGAGCGUUCAGCUCUUCUCCAACGAAAGCUUGGCGCUCAAAAUGGUCAACGAGCUGUCGCUGUUGCAUGUUAUGAUCAUUAGCUUGAAACUAAUGAUGUCAAAGAUAUUAAUACAAAAUACUUUGCAUGAUCCGACAAAGAAUUUUCAUUUCGUCAUCGAUUGCACUCGUCAAGUAAUGAAGGAUCAUUGCUAUUGGCCACUUGUCUCGGAUUUCAACAAUGUGCUCUCACACGAAUCUGUUGCACUUGUCUUCUUGCGCGACGACAAUCUCAUUGACAUGUGGUUCCAGUUUCUACAAAUGCUGCAGGGCAUGAAUGUUAAUAUACGUGAGACGGCUUCGCAUGUCGAAUUCGAACCGAACAGCUACUAUGCUGCCUUCUCCUGUGAGCUGGAGGCAAGCGCCUAUCCCAUGUGGUCGAUCAUUUCGCAUUUGCAGGAUGGCACACAUGCUCAUUUGGCCAAAAAGAUUAUUAACUAUUGCAUAACCACGCUACAUGAAUGGCUCGACUCUAUCUACUUUAGGGAGCCCAAAUUGUCAAUGGAUGAAAUGAUGCAAGCUUCAUUCCAUUUUCCGCUCCAUCGUUAUCUGGCCGCCUUCAUCUGUCAGGCGGUUACCAAAAUGGGCAUUAGUCUCAAUGAAGUGUUGCCCUCGCGUCCGGACAUAUUGCCACAGUUGAUGAUACAUCCGCUACGUGUGCAGAGCUUCUUUUAUGAAAUACUCGCUGGCAAAUGGGUGCGCAAUGGACUGCAGAUCAAGGGCCAAGCCAUGACCUAUAUACAGGCAAACUUUUGCAAUUCGAUGGCCGACAUGGAUCUAUUCUUUUUGCAAAUCUGCGCCACAAAUCUAUCGCAAUAUUUCUUUCUACAAAACACCAUUGAGCUCUUCGAUGUGGGCCGGUUUCUCGAGACAGCGCCAUUAAAGCAACCACAAAAACCAGAGCAGUCAUCCAUGUUAGAGGGUUUUCUUACAUUCCUUGCAACGCUUGUGACAAGUCGCACCAAUCUGGGCAAUGACGAGGCCACCCAGUGUAUUAUAGAAAUCAGCGCAUUGUUGGCCACUGAAAACAAGACACACUCGCAACUGCUAGAACUCAUGCCCGAACGCUCGGGCAAUGUGCAUACCAAGAACUUUGAGACUUUCCUCAAGAAACUCUCCAUUUACAAGAAGCCGUCGUGCAACACUGAGAAUCUCGAGCAAGGACUCUUUACGCCCAUUGACGAGAUAUGGGAGGAACACUACGAUCCCUUGCAUGUGCUACUGCGCGCAGUGCAUCGUCGCGAUUUCCAAUCGUCGCUAGACCGCUAUACCAACUAUGUCAAGUCGAAGAGCAAAAUGCCCGCCAGCGGUAAUCUUUGGCCACCGUUUAGAUUGCCAAAGGCCGUGGGCGCUGCCUUCACCGAUCCUGCUCGUAUACUCAACUCGCGUCUCUUUCACUCAACCAUAUUGUCGAUCUUUUAUCGUGCUGUGCAUACACGCGAUGUGUCCGAGCAUCUGCUCGCCCUGGCAGUCUUUCUGCUGGAGAUUGCAGUGGAGACAAGCGGCGAUCUGAACCCUGACCUGGCUUCAGCUGAUAGCGCCAGCUGCAGCACAGGAGCCGCUGCUUCAAAUUCCUCGCCAGUGGCAAUGGUGGAAUGUGAGCCACCGAACAAGGGCUACAGCUAUUUUGGCGGCAAUCGACGUGAGCCGCCUCCACUCUUUCAUUGCUAUCCAACGGAUAAUCUCGCCUGCAAUUUGCGUCAUGUGGUCAACAAGGUGUCGCUCAAGUCGCGCGAUCCGAGUGUAGCCGCCGCCUAUCGCUCCAAUCCGUUUUACAACGACUUGGAAUUUGAUGUAGACUCAGAGGCUAUGCGCAUGAUUGCUGACUCAUAUGCUCUCGACGAUCUAGACGAUGGCUCGGGCGCCAUGAGCCUUGCACGCCCUCAGCAUCCGCAUCCACACCAACAGCAGCAGCAGCAGCAGCUUCAGCAGCUUCAGCAGCGCAACCACAACAACAACAAUGCCAUGUCCAGAAUGCGCAUGGAAGUGGCACUGGUGCCGGAUCUUUCGGUGGUGGCCGAGACGGGUGUGGUGUUGCUACAGGACAACCCUGAGGAUGACCAUGACACCGCUAUGGACAUGAGUCCGCCAAAUGCUGUAGACUUUCAUCACUUUCCAUUGCAGCAAAUUACGCUGCCCGAGAGCGGCAUGGAGGUGGCCAUACGGCGUGAUCUGCUGCUGGCCGAAACCAAUACCAUGGAGGAGCGUGAGCGCGCUGGCAUCCUGCCCGCCGCCAAUGAGAUGUUCUCACCGGCCACGCCCUCGGGCAGCGGCAUGCUGCUGCCGUUCCAGCGUGUGCGUCUGCCCGUUGCCGUGCCCACUAACAACAUGGACAUUGUGCCCUCACAUGGGCAUGGGCACACUUUGGGCGGCGGCGCUGGUGGAUCCGUUGGCGGUGUUGGCAUUGGUGGCGGCGCUGCCGGCGUUAGCACUGGCAUGCUCUAUGAUGCGGGCGCCGGCGGCGCACGCAAACGCACCGUGGACUUGGCCUACGGUGGUGGUAGUGGUGGUGCGGGCAAAAAUAAUGAACUGCAACUAGAGGAGAGCAUAUUGUCACUGCUGCUAAAGAUGCACUCACAGCUUAGCGGUAACUUGGACAGCUUCUCGCUGAGCGAUGUCGAAGGGGAUGACGAAGUUGAAGGCGCCCAGGGUGGUAUGCCCAUGGAACUGGACUGCAAUGAGCCAAGUACCUCCUCCACGGCGCUGGCCGAGCGCGCCCAGCAGCGUCGCCAGAACUACGAUAACAUACAAGUGUCCAGCUCUCGCAUUGGCGACGGUCCCUACUUCAUAGGCAAUCUGCUGCGCAAGAUUGCGACGCGGGAUGAGCAGUGCGCUCAAAACAUUGACGAGAUACGCCAACGCCUCUGGCCCAAUCAGCGCGAGAAGCAGGCGGAGGCACGUGCUCGCGAGGCCAAGGAGAAGGAGGAGCGACGCAAGCGGGCGCAAGAGCGUCAGCAGAAGAUCAUGCAGGAUUUCACCAACAAGCAAAAGCAGUUUAUGCAGUCGGUUGCCGCUACAGCUACCAUGGACUCUGGGCUGUCGGACGAGGAUGAGGAGGGCAUGUACGAGGAGCAGCCGCGUGAGAAGGAAUAUGAUUGCAUCAUCUGCAAUUGCACCACGCCCAGCACUGAAAGCAAUCCCAUUGGCCUGGUGGUCUUGGUCGAGUCAAGCGGCAUUGUCGGCUAUCGCCGUCGCACCAACGAUCGUUUGCCGCUGCCGCUGAACGAUGAGAACCGCGGUAACUUGGCCAUGACCACGCGUCUGAGCACCGAAUUCUAUCGCCGCACCGAGCAGCUGAGCCACAAGUUUGGCGACGAGUCCUGGUACUUGUCGAACAACAUGGCCUGUGACAAUGGCGUGCAUGUGCAGUCGUGUGGCCAUCAUGUGCAUCUGACUUGCCUGGAGGCGUACCUGAAGACGCUCUACACCACGUCGCGUCCAUCGUCGCAGGAUCGUGGCGAAUUCUAUUGCCCAGUUUGUCGCCAGUUGUCCAAUUCGGUGUUGCCGCUGAGUCCGCAACUGGAUCGUCCCGCGAAUCUGGUGCGCGCCGGCAAUCCGCCGUUCGAGGAGAUUGUCGCGGAUCUGACCCAGCUCAUCAAAGAGAACGCAAAGAUGCCGGUGAAUAUUAAUCCAUACAUGAGCGAAAACCCCACAAAGCUAACCGAAGCUAUGGGUCAUGCCAUGGAGGUCAUGACCACCAUAUCCCAGCGCAAGGUCAAGUGCAACAACAUAACGUUCCGCAAGCUCUUCAUCUUUGUGACCUCCAUAGCGCGCACAAACCUGGAGGCCGAGAUUAUCCAGCGCGGCGGUUCGCUUGUCUCAACGAAUGUCACACGCUACAAGCCGAUGCGGGACUGCAUACUCCCGUUGCUGCACGUGCUCUCGGUGCAUGUGCGCGUCCUGGUCGAGUGGCCACUGUGGAGCAGCUGGGCCUCGCUGGCGGGCUUGCCCGUGGACAAUUCCGAACCGUUGCCGGCGCAUUGCCGUGAGAUGAUCCCUAGUCUAUUGUGCGAUCCCAUAGCGCUGCUCCUGAAGUUUAUACUACUGGCUCCGCUGAAUCUGGAUCAGAUUUACUUCACCGCCAUGGUCAAGGUCACGUACAAUCUACUUUAUUAUCAGAUCGUAGUGCAGCUUUGCUCCAAGCUCACCGAUUACGAGUGCGAGCACAUUAUUAAAUUAUAUGGCGGCGACGGCCCGCUGAAGACAGUGCCAGACCCCAAUGGCCUGAAUCAGAAUUGCGAGGAGCUGGGCAGAGCCAUUGCACUGGUGCUUAGGAAUACGAAUCGCUUGUCGCCGGUGCGACACGAGAGCAGCGUGCCAUGCAGCAGCGCCUGUGCCCAUGCCAGGAACAACGCCAGGGCCAAGGCCAACGCCAAAUCCAGCCAGAUCGAACUAAACCUAAAAGCCAAGGAGCAGACAAUGCAAGCGGUCGCCUUGAAUUUCUUGCGCAUUGCCGCUCUAUUGCGUCAGCAUUUGUACGGGCACGAGAUGCCGGAAAUUUCAGCGCCAGGCUUGGAGUUUGUGCGUCUCGUUUACUAUCUCGAACUGGUCACCGAGUCCAUGGACUGGAAUCGCUUCAAUGCAGCCAAAGGUCUAUGCUUUAUACCCAACACAGAUGUGUCAUUGCCAACGUCCUGGUGCAAGGAGUUCAUGGCCAUCAAACCGCCCACGGACACUGUGCGCAAUCUAAUACUCAUGAAGCAGCACUCGGUGUGGUACCAGCCGAAGCUGCUCGAGCUGCCACGCGAGUACGAGCGACUAUUCACGUAUUAUCAUGAGCGUCCCUGCCUAAACUGCUACAAGGUGCCCAAGGAGAGCUCCAUUUGCCUCUUCUGCGGCACCAUUGUCUGCCUCAAGCAGAACUGCUGCGCCGAGAAGGAAUGUUGUGAAGCAGUUCGCCACACACUCUCGUGCGGCGGUGGCAUUGGCAUCUUUUUGGUAGUUACCUCCACCUACAUUAUUGUCAUCAGAGGACGCCGCGCCUGUCUCUGGGGCUCGCUUUAUUUGGACGACUUUGAUGAGGAGGAUCGUGACCUCAAACGUGGCAAGCCGCUCUACUUGAGCAAGGAGCGAUUCGAUAUGCUGGAGCAGCAGUGGUUGGCGCAUAAGUUUGCGCAUACCAAGCACACUUGGGUAUUCCAUCGGGAUCUCUUGUGAAAUAUGGAAGACUUAUUACGCAGCAUACAGGAGCUCGUUGGACAGAUUUAAAUGCACACACCCACACCCACUUCCCUUACUCUCAUACUUACAAACUUUUCUAUCUAAACCGUUUUUUUUACGUUUUUUUUUUUUGUGUUUUUGUUUCUGCUUAAUGCUUGUGCGUUGUAUACAAAUUUCAAGUUGCGCCACAUAUAAGAAUAUGGUAUCUAAUAUGAACGCAUAUUAUGAGUCAUAUUUUACACACACACACCGCCCCGCAUACACACAUUAUGUUAUAUAUACUUAUAUAUAUCAAAAAAAGAAAAGCAAAAAAAAACUAAAAAAAAUAAAAAAAAACAGUAAACGAGCUGAAAUUGAGAACGAGAUCAAUAAGUUUCUUGGUAUGCAUAUGGUACACACACACACAUACAUACAAUAUACUUAUGUACUACAUAAAGACAUAAAUAUCCAACUAUCUAUAUUAUAAAUGGAGAAAAGCAAAACUAACUGGAAUAUUUCACAGUCGAAAUAAAAGCCACAUACACGUACAUAUAUAAAAUAUGAUUAUAUAUCUACUAUAAUAACAAUAACAACAAUAACAAUAACCUUUGCUCGCGCAUAUAUCCCUCUCUAACUUACUCGCUCUAUCUCAAUCUUGCUCGUCUAAGUCCUGGAUAUUCGAUUAGCUCUAUUUAAGCAACAAUCAUACACAAACAAAACAAAAUUAUAUUAUUAUCUUAAAAAAAAAAAGCAACCUUUGGCCUCAUGAGUUUGUGCAUGUAAAAAACGAAACAAAACACUAAAAAAUACUGAAAAGAUUUCAAAA